AUGGAUACUAUCACACCAGAAGUAAGUUCGCUAAUUGUACGUGUAUGUACAUUUAAUUUACAUUAUGGUUACGAUGAUCAUGGCACCCCAAACGCAUGGGAUAAACGAAGAAUAGUUCUUAAAAAUUGUCUUAAAAACAUGCAACCAUCUAUUAUGGGAACACAAGAAGGUUAUCCACCACAACUUUACGAUGUUCUUGAGGAUUUAAAUUUAUCUUCAAAAUGUUGGUCAUGGAUAGGUGAAAAACUUGAUGAUUGGCGUAAAAUUAAUGCUAUUUUCUAUCGCCAUGAUCUAUUUUCACUUAUUUCAACGACCACAUUUUGGUAUAAUGAGCAUCCAGAUACUAGCGGGGCUGCUUGGGGAGCGAAUAGUCCUCGUGGUUGUACUCGCGGUCAAUUCGAACAUAUAGCAACAAAACAACCAUUCAUUAUUUAUAAUACGCAUCUUGAUUAUCCAUGUCAAAAUGCACGUCAUCAUUCCAUACCUGUUCUAUUAUCACGAAUAAAAGAAAACGGCGAUCAUAAUGAUAAAGUUAUUGUUACAGGAGAUUUUAAUAAUUGGCCAGAAAAAACUGAUGGCGAUACAUCGGUUGAUAAACUUACUCUACUAGGACAGAAAGCAUCUGAAAUUGAACAGAUGAAAGCAGCGAGUUUUGUUGAUACUUAUCAACAUGGAGAAACACCAACUUUUAAUGGUUUUCGAACAGUUGGCUAUGGUCCAAAGAUUGAUUUUAUUUGGAUAUCAUCAAAUAGUGUUUAUCGUGUUGAAGGAGAAACAAAAGUUGAUGAUUAUCAUGAUGACGAUGGAUAUUUUCCGUCAGAUCAUUUUCCUGUUUAUGCAGAUUUAAUUUAUACUGCAUAA